AUGGUCUCCAAGGCAGCUCUCGCGAUUGCCAGCGCAAUCUUUGCCGUUCAGUCGGCGACGGCCGCGCCGGCCAAGAAUGGCAAGUUCAUCGUCGGCGGAGAGGCUGCCGCCCCGGGCGAUUUCCCCUACAUCGUGGCCCUGUUGUCGAGCAAUUUCCAGUUCUGCGGCGGCACCCUGGUCAACAACGACACUGUCAUCACCGCGGGUCACUGCACCAGCUCAGACGUUUCGGGAUACGAAAUCCGCGCCGGAUCACUGGCCUCGGGAUCUGGCGGCACCAAGGUCAAGGUGCGCUCGGCCACCCGUCACCCCAAUUACAACGCCAACAACCUGGACAAUGACGUUGCCGUCUGGAAGCUGGCCACGGGGAUUCCUGAAAGCGACACCAUCAAAUACGCCAAGCUGCCUGAGCCGGGCUCCGACCCAACGCCCGGCACCAACGUCACCGUAGCCGGCUGGGGCCGUUUGACGGAAGGCGGAGCGACGCCCGACAAGCUGCAAAAGGUGACGGUUCCCGUCGUCGACCGCGCCAUCUGCAAAAAGGCCUACAGCACGCCCACGCCGCUGGAGAUCACGGACAACAUGUUUUGCGCGGGCCUGGAGAAGGGCGGCCAGGAUGCGUGCCAGGGAGACAGCGGCGGCCCCAUUGUCCAGGGCGAUGUGUUGAUCGGCGUCGUUUCGUGGGGCACCGGCUGCGCCCGGCCCAACAAGUACGGUGUUUACACCAGGCUGGCCAACUAUGACAGCUUUCUCAAGAAGUACCUGUAG